AUGUCCUCCAUUGCAGACAUAAAAUUGAACCGAGUCGAUCUAGCAUUGGCUCGUCAUGACCCAAUUCAGCUAUCGGAUAAUCUUCAGCUAACAUUGAACCUGUACAAUGAGUUAACUAUAGUUGAACCAAGGUUCCCAUCUUAUCACAAUGCUAUUAUCAAGAAUCGACAUCGCACAGUAUUAAACAGUAAAGAGAUCUUCUCGACUGGGACUAUAUUGUAUCCGGAGGCAGUUAGCAACUUACCUGUGGGUCAAUUUAAAGAUGUUGUGUUUAAGGAUGGUGACGAGUUUUUUAAUAUAACUGCGCAAGAUCCGAUCAUUGUUGAACACCAAUGGACUCUGAUUAACCAAAAUACAAGAGACUCAAGUUUGGGAAUAUUGUUUAAUACAGGAGAGCUUUUAGUUUUGGUCCGAGAGAAUCAUAAUCAGACUUAUAAUUAUAAAGUCAAAAUUAAUGUGUUUGAGACGUUGGUAAAACUUUAUCUGAUUCCAUACUACCAAGGGAAAUGGUAUGUCAGCGCUCCCGAGUUUAAGCAUUUAAAGAUUAGGUACUUUACAUUUCACGACAAUCAAUUGGUAGUUGUUGAUAUGGCUAAUCGCAUCACGAUAUUCGAUUGUCAUAUGAAUGUGGUAAAACAAAUUGAUGUUGAGAGAGACAUUGCCAAACUUCGCUGGGAAAAGGAUACGUUUUUGGUUAUUGGGAAAGACAACUCGCUAUUGUUGGUUGAAGAUAAGGUUCGGGAGAUUUAUCCACCCCGGCGAGGGCAUUUCCAAAAAGUUGAAAUCGUGCAAUACAGGUCAAGAAGUUGUAUCAUUGCUGUGUUUAUGUCAAAAGUUGUCAUCUUUGAAAAUGGCAACAUACAUGAGUACAACACAGAUACAUGGUACACUUGUACAUCAGUUGUCACGGGAAGAGGUGAACUGCUAACUAUUAUUCUCGCUUAUGAAGACUCAACCAUCAUUACACUCUCAUUUGAUAGUAACAGAAUAUCAAAGAUAUCCAACGACUUGUCGUGGUUAUUGUUUACAGAUAAGACAUUGAACGGAUUUCAAAUGGCUUCAGAAGAUGCAACCGCAGAAGGAAGUAUUAUUCUACAUGGAGUUCAACCCAUUACUGAUAAAAUACUAGCGGUGGUGUACAAAGUCCUACCCAAAAAUGCUCUCCAUUUUCGAAUUCCUUCCGAAUUAAGCGUUAACUUGACAUUUAUACAUUUAGAGUCGUUUAUGGGAACGAUUAAAGAGCCGGUAGUCAAUACAUCAAUAGCUAAACUUGCGUGUUUUUAUCUUGAGGAUUUCUCAACAAUACCAGCCAUGAUUGAUGACCUAACUAUGUCCCAGCUGGAAAAGAUUGAUGUGUUUAUACCGCAACUUCAAGUAUUUGUCAAUGAACUAUUGCAGCCUCAAGAAAUACCUGCACCAAUGAUCAAAAGUGUUUUGGAACAGGAUUUGGUUGAUAAUUUUGUACAAAGUGAAACCGUUGCCAACAUUCAAUUCAAGUAUUGCUUAGCAACGUUACUCUUGACAGGGCUUGAGAGCUUUAAAUCAUCGGACAAUGAUAUGGCUAGUAGUCUAUACAAUCAGGUGAAACAGUUGCAAACUACCCUAGAGGAAAGCUUACGUAGGUAUAUCGCCACGUUGUUAUUUCAAAUAAACAAGGACAAAGUCGUGGAGAAUGAGGUGGAUAAAUUCUCGCUAAUUACACAAGGUCUGCAGUUCAGUCUCAGGCUCGAUGCAUUGGACAAGGCUGUACUUAAGGCGGGCGGUAAUCUUGUUGAAGAAUUUGAAAUUGGAUCUAGUGAUUUGCUGAUUAUUAUGACAAACAAUAUGAUUACUUCAACUUCUGGACAUUCUUGGACUCUUUGUGAUUUAACGCGACUUCCAAUCAUCGAUAGAAAAUCGAAAAUAGAUGAAUUGGGAGGUUUCAAGUACUUGUAUGGUGAUCAAAAUGCUCCUUUGGUUGAUGCAAUGAGACAUGUAAUUGACUAUUGUUUUAUCAGUGGAAAUAGAAUUUAUAUAGGUCAGUUUUGA